AUGUCAAUGACAGAUGAAGAAGCGAAGGAUCCACCGGCUGUUCAACAAAGUUUUCUCAUCUUUGACGGGGCCUCUCUCCUCUACGUACUCACCAUUUUUCUAACGACGAUCAUUAUCAUGGGAAUCUUUGCGAAACGACAAAUUGUACGACACCGAGUGAAUUUUUCUAGGAAGGUGCCGGAGGUUAGGCUAAAAGCUAUUGCACCAAAGAAAGUUUGUGAUCGAGUGAAUGAAAAGCUAGAACAGGUACAAAAACUUCGUCAGUCGUACUUGCCAAAGUUGACGGAUUGUUUAGCGAUACAAUCUCAUAACAAAAAGCCUUAUCUUCAACGAAUGAUAGCAUUAGAUGAAAUAACAAUGGGCAUCGAUGAUACAAUGACACGAAUCAAUACGGACUAUGCUCGUUUACCCGGAGAAACCACUUACAAGUAUUUAUUGCGACUAAAGAAAGAUGUACUUCCGGGGCUUUCAAUAGCUCUUGUGCAAAGGAUAGCAUAUCUCCAUGAGUCAGCGCGCUAUCGGCCAGAGAGAUUUGAUGUUCCAGAACUAAUGGAGUUAAGAUCGUUGUUGGCACAAUUCCUGAAAAUAGUAAACAGCAACGGGUCAAAAAUAACACCUCAAACACCGGAGAAGACACCAAAGGGACCGCUGAGUCAAUGGAGAGUCAUUGGCAGUGGAAACAAGAGGCAAAGACGGACACCUUUUGGAGGAAGUGACGGUGGUCGAUUACUCGUACAAUCUGGAUAUGUGACGAACAAUCGUGGCGCAGGCAUCGAAGAACAAAUCGCUCUUCUUCCAAUCGGAUCAAGCAGCACUGAGGCAACUCCAAAGAAGCACGUUCGACACCAAAGCGAUAUGCCACAACGAUCAAAAGAAAUU